UAUCACCAAACUUUAUAACCACUACUUACGUUUAGAAAUAUACAUAAAAAGGAAUAUUUCUAAAUAUCAUAUAACAAUUAAAAUAUUUAAUUGUUUUGAUUGAAAAACGCCUUAUAAUCUUGGAAUUUUUGAGAUUCUAGUCUUGUCAAUUUUUUAUAGUAAAUUGUUACUUGAAAUGUUGUAAUGAAUGCGUUUUACAGUACAUAUAUUAUACAUGAUGUUGUGUAUCGAGGAAUAUAUUUAUAGGAAUUUUUUGGAGUAAAAUAGCUGGCAUUUAUGUAUGAUGGUUUUAUAUCGUAUUUUGAAAUAUAAACUUGUGGAACUCACUUAGAAACCGGCAGCCAUGUUUGAUCCUUGUCAUAAAUACAGAUGGAGUAUCAAAAAAAGAGUCUUGUAACAGUUGCUUAUGUUCUGUACAAUUUGAUCGAUCUUGAUUGGUGUAAUUAUAAAUUAAGUGAUAAUAGAUAUCUGUAUAAAUGGUGCGACAAGUUCGAAAAUCUAAUACAGUGACAGUUAAGAAUUUGUCAUUAAAUAGAUUGUUUUUAUGUCUUUUAACUACCGAGGGAAAUUCGUAAGAAAGCAAAGAUGUUAAAUCAAGCUGUUGUCGAAGCAUUAUAUUCUGCAACGUAUAUCGAGAAUUAUUUAGACUGUGUGGAAAACUUGCCAAAUGAUUUACAAAGACAUGUAUCCCGGCUACGUGAGCUGGAUGCCACUUGUCAAACAUAUUUGCGAGAGGUAGACCAACAACAAGAAGCGUUAAAGAAUGAUACAGAUUUAGCAGUUAAAAGAAGAGCACUUUUAAGGGUUCAACAAGCAUUAAUUGCAGCACAAGAAAUAGGAGAUGAGAAAUUGCAAAUAGUUCAACAAGUUCAAGAUCUCAUUGAAAAUAAAUCUAGACAGCUAGACUUAGAUUACCGUAAUCUUGAUUUCGGAAAGGAGCAAGAAAGUAACGAAUCAGUUCGUGAAACAAAUGCUAAUAUAAAUUCUAACUCUUCUGGUAAUGCAAACAACACAGAAAGACAACCAAAAAGAGCCAGGAGAACAAGGACAGACACGAUGGUUGAAUCUUCCAAUACUAUGGACAUGAUUGUGAUGACAGAAACACGUUCUAAUUCUUUGUCAAAUGCAAGUAAUGGUAAUCAAAAGAAGACAACUACUACUAAUACAGGCAAAAAGAAGAAAAGGAAAUCUAGACAAGGUAAUCAGCAAAAUCAGCAUCGUGAAGAUACCCCACCACCACUAGAAGAUGAUCUUGCAAUUGACCCAGACGAACCAACAUAUUGUCUGUGUGAUCAAAUAUCAUAUGGAGAAAUGAUAUUAUGUGACAAUGAUUUAUGCCCUAUAGAAUGGUUCCAUUUUUCAUGUGUUUCAUUAAGUACCAAGCCCAAAGGCAAGUGGUUCUGUCCAAAAUGUAGAGGAGACAGGCCAAAUGUUAUGAAACCCAAAGCACAAUUUUUAAAAGAAUUAGAAAGGUAUAAUAAAGAAAAAGAAGAGAAAUCGUAGCAGGAGAAGGUUAGUGAACAAUAUAAAUACAUUGGAAGACUUAAUUCAAAUUAAAGACAGCUUUUAAGAUAUACCUUGUAAUAUUAAGUGCUUUCUAAAAUCUUAUUAAACAGAGCGACUUGUGGCAACCAGUGAAAUGGGUCUAUCAAUAGUUUACUUACAGCAGCAGAUAAAUUAUAUUUGUACAAUAUUUGCUAUUGUAAAUACUGCAACAGCAGUAAAUAAUUAAAGUAAAAUAGAAAUUUUGAGUGCUGUAAAGUAUGUUUUAAAAUUGCUUCAUACUUGUUCAAAGUGGAAAGCUUAGUGGGCUUCUACACACAUUAAGCAAUAUAUGUAUAGUAUAUAAAUAUCAUACAGAUAUUAUAUCUAAAAUACAUAUUUCACGUUCAAAUUACAAUAGCAGUAUUAAAAGACAGAAAGUAACUUUUGUAAUAUAAAUUAAUUGUGUCAUAAAUAAAAUAACUUAAGAUCAAUAUCUUUUUUAAUCGAUUCAUAUUAUAAUACAUAAAAUUUUAUUGUUAACUACCAUUAAUUCACUAUGUAUUAAGUUACACUUAUAAAAUUUUGUUGUAUUAUUUGCAAAAUGUAUAUUUAUACAUAUAAGUAACAUAAAUUCUUAUGGUUACUAUGAUUUAUAAAAUUUACAUGUAUAAAUGAAGAUUACAGAAUCUCUAGACAAGAAUUAUAUGUACAAUAUCGUUUUAUAUGUCAUUUUCUUUACUGACGAUAAUUUACUUUGUACAUAUGAAUUCUCCCUGAUGUACAUAUGAUAUUUUUAAAGCAUGAAUUCUCUUUGAUACGUAAUAUGUAAUAUAUUUAAUAAGCUAUAAUUUUUCAUAGCUGAGUAGAAGCUCGAAUAUAUAGCAAAGCGAGUUGUUUUGUAAAAACAAUUGACAUGCUUUGUAUAACUAUAGAAAAAAUUUUUUAUUGGACGUGUUUAUAAAAAACAAUUUUAAUGUUUUUAUUAAAUUUAAUAAUUUUUAA